AUGAACAAGCUCAGCAUCACGUUGCCAGCUGGCAGUCAGGUCUGCAUUGAAUCUGAUGAUCCUGGGCUCGUUCGCGAAGUCCUUUAUUCUUUCAUGCCCCAGCUCAUAGGCGCCAACGGCGCCGCGUCGGACCCGCCCGUCGCCAUAUCCGUGGAACCGCCGAUACUAUCCAACGGCCACGCCGCGAACAAUGGCUCGGUGCAUCACGCUGCCGAGCCACAACCGGCACCGGUUGUCAUUGCCGAAAACCAUGAGGCUCCUCCGGUCGCUCCCGCCGUCUCCGUCGUCCAGAUCGCCCCGCCACCUCCCACGGCGGCUCUGGAACGCGAACCCGGCCUGUUUCAGACCGGAGCCGCGGAACCGAUGUCGCCUUCCGAGCAUGAAUUCAUCGCCUUCUGCCAACGUGUCAACCCGCUGGGGGAUAUGCGCCGGGUGGUGGUGGCUGCCGAGGCGGGGCAUCGAUACCUCAAUAUACCCAGCGUCGAUCCUGAUAGCCUGGCGCAUCUGUUCACGCUGGCCGGUUGGCCGAUCCCGCAUAGCUUCGUCCAGACGCUGCGCAACGCCGCGCGAACGAAGUUCCGGUGGCUGGAGCGGAUACCCGGUCUGUCCGGCCACUACAAGGUGACCAAUACCGGCCGCAGCAUCGUCCUCGGCGAAAGCGAGGCCAAGUCCGAAGCCGAAUAA